AUGGAGGCAUUGACGCCGCGAUCUACGAACCAGGUGAUCAAACCUAAGGUGGCGAUGGAGCGGAAGGUGUUGGACAAGAAUGCUGCUGUCGCCGCUGCCAAAGCCGGACAAAAGGCCCCCGUGAUGAAGGAUCACCAUGCACAACCUCCGCCGGCAAUCGUGGUCGAGCCUGAUGAGGAAGGAGAACGGUACACGACCGGCGGGUUUCUGGGCAAAGGAGGGUUUGCGAUCUGCUAUGAAGGGAAGUUAAUGCGCAAUGGGCGCGUGUUCGCGAUGAAGGUGGUAAAGUCGGAGAUGAAACAGAAGAAGAUGGAGGAGAAGUUCCAAACUGAGCUUCAAAUCCAUUCGAAAAUGCGCCACCCCCAUAUCGUCCGAUUCCAUCGAGCCUUCACCUUCCACAACAGCAUCUACGUCGUUCUCGAAUUAUGCCCCAACGGCUCCAUCAUGGACAUGGUCAGGAAAAGGAGAUGUCUCAGCGUGCCUGAAGUGAGAAGGAUUAUGAUUCAACUAUGUGGAGCGGUGAAAUACCUUCAUAAGCGACAUGUCGCCCAUCGGGAUCUGAAAAUGGGUAACCUGUUUUUGGACCACAACAUGGAUAUCAAAGUGGGAGACUUUGGGCUUGCCGCAAUGAUCAUGUCAGAGAAGGACGAGAGGCGGAGAACGACAUUAUGCGGGACGCCUAACUACAUCGCCCCUGAGAUCUUGGAUAAGACGAAACGUGGGCAUACGCAGAAAGUAGAUAUCUGGUCGCUGGGAGUUAUCUGCUUCGCCAUGCUCACUGGUUAUCCCCCAUUCCAAUCGAAAACGCAAGAAGAAAUCUAUAAGAAGGUGCGGAAUUUGGUCUACGUUUGGCCCAAAGGGUCCGAGUGCGCCAACGAUAUCCCGGAAGAGGCCAAGAGCCUGGUUGAUUCCUGUCUUAACCUGGAGGAGGAACAACGUCCGGAACCAGACGAUAUCGUUGAGCACCCAUUCUUCGACAUGUACGACGGAUGCAUACCUGCGCGCCUCGAUCCAGCGUGCUCUCAUACCAAGCCGGUCUGGCUGAGGUCACAAGCACCACGCGGCGACACUAUGAUGCGUGGUUAUAGUUUGGAACAUGACGAACGGUUAUCCGGAUACAUUGAGCAUGUUGAAGAUCCGAUCCAGCGUUACCGGGUUUGCAAGGCCGCGUUCUACACACUUUGUGGUGUAGGAAGGAAACCAGACGGGACUGCUCGCAGGGCUGCCGGAAAGAACUGCAACAAAACGGCGUAUGCUGAGUGUGCCGUGGAGGAAGAAAGAAGACUGAACCCCGUGAUCCCGUUACCACCGGACUUCGUUUACAAAUACCCCCAUGAUCCAGAUGGAGACUGGAGUCUCCCCGAUCCAGCAUUACCGUCUCGCAAGGAUGACUCCACGCUGGACAGCAGCGUUGUUUCGAGCCGCAGCACAUCUCUCCGGCAUACUUCGAAUCAUGCGGCAACACUAUCGCGGACACAGACUGCUCUACUGGCCGCGCAGCAAAGGCGAAAGGAAUCCCAAAGCCACGCGGCCACUUUGCGACAACAGUCUUCACUCGGACGAGGUUCGACACGCAAGACACCCGCAAUCAACGAUCCAGCAGGCCAAACCUUCCAACCAAUCCCGGAGGCCAAGUCUGCCGAACAGGAUCCUGCCCCGGCGGCUCCUGCUCCUACCGGGGGCUUGGCCGAACGACCUAUGCGGCCGCGUAGAGGGGUAGCUGCUUCUUACUCUGGAUCGAUCCGAAGUGCAGACAACAACGCUGCAGGGGCAAUUACGAAGUCAAACACCGCUCCUGACAUGCUGACAGUUGGCAAGACCCGUUCCCAGUCUAGAAGACUAGAAGCCGCCAACAGUCAAGGCUUGACCCGCCAGGCGACUGUCCCGGAGAGAGUCCCAUCAGUGAUGACCAAGGAAGUACCUGCCAAGAAGCAACCACCUCCGUCACGCCCAACAUCCAGGAUGACGGAUGUCGAAGUGCUCUCGACGCCAAAACUUGAAUGCAACGAGGAGCCUGUGAAGAAGUUGCCUGAAACCAACCCCCGUCGCUCUAAGACGGAGGUUCCUACGCCAACGACCCGAUCUGCUAGUACUAGCGGUCCAUCCACUGCGAGCAAGCCUCGUUCGUCUCUUGGAGCACACCCCCUGUUUCAUGCUCGGGAUCCAUGUGAGGUCAUGCCAAGGACUUCCGUUAGUGAGGUGAACACUGAUUUGCGACUUUUGCUUUCCCAUCUUGCUCCACAAUCUGCAGCCCGUAGACGAGCCGGCUCUAGACGUGAACCCCACGCGUAUGUCAUCAAGUGGGUCGAUUACACGAAUAGGUACGGAAUUGGCUAUGUCUUAGAUGAUGGCAGCGUCGGGUGCGUUUUCAAGGCCGAGAAUGGACAGCCAGCCAGUAGUGUUGUUUUACGCGCUGGAGAGAAGCACAUCCGUCGUAAGGCACGAAGCCAGGAAACGAAGAGCUACGACUAUUCGGAGGCGGACCAGUUGGUGCCCCGAAAUGGACUACCAGUCGAGCUGUACGAGAACUGCGACAACGAUCCGUUGGUUCCUCGAAGCGCCGUUCGACGGGCGUUCAUUCCACCAUCUGUCUUCGAAGUCAAGCGGUAUCAAAAUGGGUCUGGAGUCGGAAUCAAGCUUCGUCAUGAUCUCCAUGGUGAGCAUGGGCCCGCUGACUAUGAGAAGAUCAAGCGGGUCAAGCUGGUCGACCAGUUCGGAAAGUAUAUGAUUGGGUCCCUGGGGCGACAUGGCGAUGAAGGCCUGGUAGAUGAUGAGUUGAACAGCAAGAGCGAUGGUCAAUUCAUCAAAUUUUAUCAGCGCCUGGGUAAUGUUGGUGUUUGGGGAUUCGGGGAUGGUGCUUUUCAGUUCAACUUCCCUGAUCACACGAAGCUCGUUAUCUCGCCUGGUUCUUCACGGACCUCCUCGCCUUGGAUCGACUUCUACCACCUCUCUCCAUCCGCUGCACGCUACCUCGCCGCCAAGGGAAAGAUGCACCCAUCCGGAUUUGAUACACGGGCUGUCGCUUCGGACGAAGCAGUGACAUUCCUGAGCAUUGCCCACGGCACGUUAAACAGCUCUGUGGAUGAGCGGAUCAGAGAUGUUCUCGAGGCAAACUCCUUCCUAGAGAAGAUCCAGUUCAUGAAGGACGUUCUCAAAGUGUGGAUCAAGAAAGGGCGGCUUGGCGGUCGACCUUCACCCACGACUUCUGAGGAUGGGUCUCCAUCGGAAAUGUUCUGGGAGGGUUCGCAAGAACGUCUUCAAGGCGGAAGCGGCGGCAAGUUCGUGUGGGUGACUGUUGGUGCACCCGGGGGCGACGGCGAGUAUCGCUCUAUAUCGCUGAAGGAGAAACGGUCUGACGGCGAGGUGGACACACUCAGGGAACGGUUAGAGCGCUUGGGAGGAAAGACAUAA